GUCUCGAGCAGAAACCCUGCUGCUGGUUACGAUGACUGCGAAACACACGUCGGUCACACAACCUCCCGACUCAUCACACUGGACAUUUCUCCAUUUAUUGUGAACAGCGUGAAGGGUUGGGAUCAAAACUUAAAGGGCUUUAAUACUAAAGAUGACAUUUCUGGAUUUACGGGCCUGUUAUUAGAUUAGAGAGAAGUCUCUAGAAUCAGUUGUGUCGCUAUCAGCACUGGACUGACUGUGUUUAACCCUUCAGUGCUAAGACAUGAGGAGUUUGCCGUAUUUCUGCCGGGGAGAGGUUGUCCAUGGAUUUGGACGAGGAAGCAAAGAGCUGGGCAUCCCGACAGCCAACUUCCCGGAGUCAGUGGUGGACAGUCUCCCCACUGACAUCAACACCGGAAUCUACUAUGGGUGGGCAUGUGUGGACAAGGGAGAUAUUCACAAGAUGGUGAUGAGCAUUGGCUGGAACCCUUACUACAAAAACACCAAGAAGUCAAUGGAAACGCACGUGAUCCACACGUUUAAGGAAGAUUUUUACGGCCAGAUAUUGAGUGUGGCUAUGGUGGGCUAUAUUCGCCCUGAGAGGGGGUUCAAAUCACUUGAUGAGUUGAUAGCAGCGGUUCACAGUGACAUUGAGGAGGCAAAGAGAAAGCUGGACCUGCCAGAGCACUUGAAACUGAAAGAGGAUAACUUUUUCAAGACACCAGUAUCCACAACAACCAGAUCUGAUAAGAUCACUAAUGGUCAUUGAACUUAACACUGUACUCACCUGCCCCUCUUUCUGAUAACUCCUGGAGAAAAAAAACUACAUAUUAUUUCAAAUGCAGUUUAUUUUAUUAAUUAAAAAAAAGAUGUACCAGUUUGGUGCUUUGGCGAAGUCAGGUACUAAAUGCAGGGUGGCACGUGCAAGACCUGUUAUUUUCAGGGAAUCAAUUUGUUUUCUUUCUGUGACUUUAUGUCUGUAUGAUACACAAAGAGUGAUUUGGGUUACGUAACUUAGAACGUCUGAGAUAUCAUCACUUCAGUUCACUCGAUUUAAACGUCACAGAGGCAGUCUCAAAGUGAAGGCAAACAGAAAAUUGCUGCUAUCAUGUUAUACAUGAACCCUGUCCUAAAAAGAAAGCUUCCCCUUCACAGAAUUCAUGUUUCCCCUCAUGACUCCUUGCAGUGAUACCAUGUGAAAUUCAGGGAGUGUUCUUUCCUCUUUUAACAACAAAAUUCCACUGUAGACACAUCAUUCUGUUGUUAGUUACAACCUGAUUCAAUAUUGUUUAAGAAAGACUUGAAAAAGGAUUAAAGGGAUAGUUCACCCAAAAAUGAAAAUUCUCUCAUCAUUUAGUCACCUUCAUGAUAUCCCAGAUGUGUAUGACUUACUUUCUUCUACUGAACACAAACAAAGAUUAGAAGAGUAUUUCAGCUCUGUAGGUCCAUACAAUGCAAGUUAAUGUAGAUAUUUAUCUUAAGGGGUUACUAGCUCAGGGUUACUGACCAGAAGGUCGGGGGUUCAAGCCCCAGCACCACCAAGAUGCCACUGUUGAGCCCUUGAGCAAGGCACUUAACUCCAGGUUGCGCCUGGAACAAUUGAACUCUUAGGAGAGAAGAGAACACUUAGGAUGGCUGGUGAAAGUGGACAUUUAUAGUAAAACAUUUUUUUAAAAAGGUGCUUAAAUAUUUAUCUGUUUCUCAAACCAAUUAUAUUACUUCUGAAGAAAUAGAUUUAACCACUGGAGUCGCAUGGGUUACUUUUAUGCUGCCUUUAUGUGCUUUUUGGAACUUCAAAGAUCUGGACACCAUUCACUUGCAUUAUAUGGACCAACAGAGAAGAAAUAUUGCUCUAAAAAUCAUCAUUUGUGUUCUGCAGAAGAAAUAAAGUCAUUUACAUCUGAGAAGGCAUGAAUCUGAGUAAAUGAGAGAAUUUUCAGUUUUGUGUGAACUAUCCCUUUAAGCUACUCAGUUCAGCAAUCGUCGAAAUUGGAAUUUCUUCUCUUUGAGACAAAAUGAGACGUUUUUAUGGCUCUCAGAGAAUCGUGCCCUGAGGUGGAAGUCCAAGGCUGAGAUAAAGAGAGCUAAAGCCCAGUUUGUCAUACUGCAACGCACAACUGGUCAGAUGGAGGUUAAACAGUGACUGAAGGCAACUCUGGCUGUACAUAAUUCUUUGAAUGAACGAUAAUGGCCUUUUAAGUAUUUAAGUGUGCACAGAGCCCUGUGUAGCAGUUAAGUUAUUAUGUACUUUGUUGUGCUAAACCUUUUUUUUUUUUUUUUUAAGAGACGCAACAGACCAUGAGAUUCAGUUGAUGUAGAUUCAUAACUGUGUUGCAUUUCCAUCAUUUGAAACAAGUAAUAUGCUACUGGUUUGGCAUCAGACUGUAAGAAUUCUUUGCAAGAUGAGCUCAGAAAGGCAACAUUAAGACCUUUUCAAUUUGCCGUGUUUAAUGUUGUAAUCCUUGCAAUCAGCGGGUGUUUAGACCUAACUGCAUCCUUAAUGUUUCGGUACAGUGUGAAUAGUUUGCCUCGUAGGUCAUGGCAGUGCCUUAAAUGUGUAAAAGAAUCAAAAUACUAACAUACAGUGCACAAUCAAGCAUUCCUUCAAGGUUAUUAAGUGACACCAACCGGUAAACAUUAAGCAACAAAAAUGCCUUAUGUUCUGUUUUACUCUUGUGUUUUUGUGAAAUCAUUCUGUAAUCUGUCAUCAUCAUUAUUGGGCAACUCUUUCAUUUUGAUGCCACAUACAUUUAUAAUUUCUUGAUUAAUGUAAAUAAAGGAGCUACAUAUAUUAUAAUUUAUCUUGUCACUCAUUGCUUGACAGUUUUGAUGUUACAAACAAGAAGCCUUUGAACAAUGUUUAUUGGAGGCAAUGGAAAUAUAGCUAUAUUCAAUUGGUUUGCUUAGUAUCUGUCUACAGGUGCUGUGUCAAGGUUGCAGUUAAACUUAACCCCAAAAACAGUUCUAGCGUUCAUAUUCCCUCAGUAGACCUCAAAAUAAGACUAACUACUCAGAAUAUAAAUGCCAGCCUCAAUGGUUUGAGCACUCUGAAUGAGCUAAGAAUUAUGAUUGCUUCAUUUAACUUUAUGGAACAGUUGCCCAUUUUAAAUCUCUAUGGAUAAAGGUUAACUAUUUCUAUAAGGAUCUAUUAUUGUUAUUAUUAAGAACAUUUGAAGACAGACUGAUUUUUUUUUUUCUGAUUGGCUUUAUGUUUUAUGUUCAUGAAGUGAUGUCUGAAAUAUAGAUGUGUCUUGUAUUAUAGUUGAGCCAUUGUAGAGAUAAAGUCAUGAAAUUGACAUCAAUCCUAAGCGCAAACUAGAGAGAGACAAAUUCUGAUUGAAUUUUGUUCAUGCGUUUUCAAUAAGGUUUCUGUAUAAAUUCCAAAAGCAUGGUUUGAUGUGAUCUAGAAUGGUUUGACUGUGGUUAAUCCUUUAAUCUUGUGAAGUCUUGUGAUAGACUUUGAAGUACCAAUAUUUACUUGGUUUUGUGCUAUUAUAUUAAUUCAUAAAAAUGUCAAAAACUUUCUUAUGUGAACUAUAGCAGAAAAACAUUUCUGCCUUUGUGUAAUUCUGUGUUUGUUACUCUGGCUUGCAAAACCAGUCCCAGGUUACCCUGUGUGUGUUAAUUUAAUCAAGCCAUUAAACUUUACUGAGAUAAAUCCCUGUACACCUCUCUCUGCAGCAUUGCAAUGCACCAUCAUCAGUACAACAUAUCCUGUAAAUCAUUCACAGGAUUUUAAAGCAACAAUCAUGAUGUAAUAACAUGAAUAUUGAUGACACGAAAACAUGGCAACUCUUUAGCUCGUUGUCUAAAAGUGCUGUACUUGCAAAAAGUAACACAAUAAACAAAACAACACGAUAAGUGGACGAAAAUGUAGAAAUACAAGCUUGGUAAAAAUGUUGUACUUCUACUGUUCAGUUCUGUUCAAAGCCUUUCUAAAUGUCAAUACAAAAUCAAUCAACUGUUUACCUGCCUAAUGUAGGUUUUUUUUUUUAUGCACCACAUUUUUGUGGCUCAUAUCGUUUGAUAUGUGCGUGAAGUGAUCAUCUGUGUUCCACUGUG